AUGUCGCCAGCGCCAGUGUCUCCGAUGGCAAAAAUUGGACAGCCAAUUCGAUCGAUCUUACAAGACUCUACAGACGCAAUCAGGAAGCGAGUCUGUACAGCCUGUGAUCGUUGUCGUCUGAAGAAGUCGAAAUGCGAUGGCACCUCGCCCUGCACUCGGUGUAGGGCUGACAACGCCAUCUGCGUCUUCGGCGUUCGCAAGAAGUCACAUGACAAAGUGUAUCCCAAAGGUUACGUUGAAAUGCUUGAGCAACAACAGAAUCAGCUUGUAUCCGCACUCAACAUCAUGUAUCACCGUCUACGAGCAGCGCAAGCGUGGCCUGGUGCUAAAUUGCCUGAGGCGAGUGGCCAUCCCUUGACACACGAUAUGCUCGCUUCUCUCGACCUACUCGAAACGAAGCAGGACGGAAGUGGUGAGGUGGAGACCUUCGAAGAUGACUGUGGUAAAUUGCAAGCAAGGCUUGUCGCUCACGGUGCUGGUUUUGUACAGCGACGAGGCUCAAUUAGCUCCGACUCCGACCAUAGCCAGCAUGAGCGACCCCAUUCGCAUGGGGACUCACGACCUGGAAAGCGACCUGUCUUCCGUGAGAGCUUUGCAUUCAACAGCACAUCAUCGACGCCCUUGAUACGGAGUCCCGCGCCGCGAUCAAAUCCGUCGUUUCCACCAGCACAAACGUCACCUUUACAGCAAUCGUCACCUUUACAGCAAUCGUCACCGAUAUGCAACGACCCGCAUUUCUACCAGGCAGAAUGGGCAAUUCCUGAUCUGAGUAAUCCCGAAUCGAUUUUACGAUCACAUUUCGCCACCCACAUUCCAGACGCGAAGCAGACUAUGCCAGACCUGCAAAACAUGAUGGACAGUGAGUCCUGUGACCCAUCAUAUCUGGAAUACGAUAACACGUUCGACCUCAUGUCAAGCAUGUCCUACCAGCAGCAAUUUACUAGUGCAUACACUAGUGAUAUGCCAGGCAUGACUGAUUUCGCGACUGGACUGGACCCCAUAGACCUGGAUAUCACGAACUUCAUACAAGUCACCACCUAG